AUGUACAUCCGGAGGCCGCCUUCGGACACGAACGGAGAUGUUAUGAACAGGUCGCUUGCGUUUCUGCACAAGCCGCAGCGCGUGUCGCAGCCCAAGCCGUUUGCGGAGGAGUCGCUGCGGCGCAACACAGACCUGAACCGCGGCAAGGUCCAGGUGAACGAGAUGCACGACGACUACUUUUCCAGCCAGACGCCGGCCAGCGCGGACGGGAGCGUGGCGGGGGACGUGUCCUCGCAGCUGCGGGUCAACCCCUACUUCCCCGCCAACGAAAACUACUACUACAACAGCAGCGGCGACGGCGACGACGCGGACAACGAGCCGCCGCCGCUGGUGCGCAAGAAGUCCGGCGAGGUGGUGCGGUCGAACCUGAAGCUGGCGCAGCGGUCGCGGUCGCUGCCCGCGACGCCCAGCGGGCGCGAGCCGGACAAGAGGAUCGGCGCGCCGCCGCCGGGCCCGCAGAGAAGCAAGAGUGUGCACUUCGACCAGCGCGACGUGGUCAAGUUCAAGUACUUCUGGCAGGAGGACUCGCCGCUGGACGUGGCGUCGCAGGACGUGCUGGAAGGCCCCCUGGACGAGGACCCGCACACGCUUACACUACAAGCCGACGCGGCCGUACGCAGCGACGGCAGCGACGCGGAGCCCCGGGACCUUACCAUGACCAUGUCGAACCUGCAGAUAGAGAAGCGCAUGAGCAGCGGGCUGCGGCGCAGCAAGCGCUACCAGCGGCUGCGCUCGAAGGGCGCCGAGAAGGACGGCGCCACGAAGCCGGGCCUGUACCGCGAGAACUUCGCGACCCUGAGCGACGACGACCAGAGCAGCCUGAAGUCCAACAUCUUCCUGAACAUCGCCCACAACAGCUACUGUUUUCUGCAGGACCUGUCGCUGAUCGCGGACCAGCACUACCUGGUGGGCCACGUCCUGGUCAAGAACAUUUUCUACGACAAAGAGGUCGUGGUGCGCUACACGCGCGACCACUGGCGCACUGUGCACGAAGUCGAGUGCGUGUGGGAGAGCAGCGGCGACGACGUGCUGCCCGGCAUGGGCAUGGACCGCUUCAAGCUGGUCAUCGACCUGGCGACACUGGGCGACGACGGCGGUGCCGCGCCGCGCGCGCCGCGGGCGGGGCCCGCGGCCGCCUUCGCCCUGGUGAAGCUGGAGUUCUGCAUCCGCUACACGACACGGAGCUCGCACGAGCGCGUGGAGCACUGGGACAACAACGGUGGGCGCAACUACGUUGUGGACGUGGUGUGCGCGGCCCAGCGCAUGGGGUUCACGGACCCGUUCGGGCCGCCACACUGA